CAAGUUGGCAGGCCCGCGUGCCAGCUGCUGAAAUUUGUUAAUUGAAAAAAGGAUUGCAAAAAUGCCACGGGAGAGAAAUAAACUGAAUUACUAAGCCAACUAAAAGUAAAUCGACGAAAUCUCACUCGGGGCGAAAUGGAUAGACGACAGAGGGAGCUGGAGGAGCUGGUGUCCAGCCAGAAGGAGCAACUGGGCCGCUAUGAGAAGCGACUGAAAGACGUGGUCACUGCCUACAAGGGUCUGUUGAAGGAGAAGGAGGCACUGGAGACGAGUCUAGCGGCGCAUGCGGAGGCCACGGCAGUGGGCGAGUCCGGAUCGCCAGCCAGGCAGGUGGAGUCACAAAACACCAGCACAGACUCUGGGGAUGGAGCAGCCGAGGGUGCUGUAGCGGGUCCUCCUGCUCCGCCGGCCGAAGGCCAACUACAGACCCAAAUUAUCACCCUGAUGAACUCGCUGGCCACUCUUUCCGCUGAGAAAUCCCGCAUGGAGGCUUCGUUUCAGGCUGAUAAAAAACAAUUGCGCAGCCAAAUCGCCCAGAAGGAGCAGACCAUUCAGGAGCUUCAUGUGCGCUCCAAAGAGCAGGCAGCACGGGCCAAAGGCGACGUGGACGAGGUCAAGGCCAAGUGGAUUGUGGAGCGACAGGAGCGCGAGAAGGAGACCAACAACCAAAUGCUCAUGAUCCGCGAACUGCAGAAGCUCUAUGCGGACGAGCGCCAUCUGAAGGACAACAUCGAGAUGCAGCUAAACAACUUUAAGACCCAGUUCGCCAGCAACGAAGCUGAAAACAGCCGACUGCGCGAACUGCAAUCCCAACUGAAGGAGGCUCGCUCCCAGCUGAAACAGUUCCAGACCAAGGCAGAGCACUCGGCAGCAGCGUCAGCGAGUGCGGACAGCGCUGCUCUCCUUCAGCAGGUGCGCCUGGAGAUGCAGCAGCUAAAGGAGCAACAUUCAGUGGCCAUUCGCCAGGAACAGCGACGGGUCUUGCGGGCAGAGGAACAGAGUCGCAGACAGGCGGCGCUGCACGAGGAUCGCGUGGCCAGUCUGGAGGCACGCCUAGCGGAGCUCAGCACCACGGUGGGCAGCUACGAUCGGCUGCGUCAGCAAGAUCAGGACAGCAUCCAUGAUUUAAAGCAGCAGCUGCAGGAUCUGGAGCAGGCACACGUGCGUCCUACAACCAAUUUAAGGGCGCUGAACGAAGACGUGGACGUAGCCACCCUGGUUGACGAGAUGGUACGCUUGAAGAAAUUGCUCACCAAUGCCAAUGCCCGUUCUGCCAAUCCUCUGGAUCUCGGCGAGAUCCUAUCACUUAGCGGCCAAACAGCAACACGAGUCGAAAGUCACGCGCACUGCGAGCAGCAGCUGCAGGGAGUGCAGCAAAUGCUAGAGGCAUCCAAGCAGCAGCGACAACUACUCGAACAGAAAGUGCAGCUGCAGCACUCGCACAUCCAAACGCUGCAGGAGAAGGUGCAGGUGCUCAAUCGCAACAUUGACGAAGCGGAAGUCGAACUAAAACAGCAGGGCGAAAAGCUGCGCUUGGCAUUGAAGAACGAGCGAACCAAGUGGCAGGAAGCCAAGGCUGAACUGGAGAACGAGACCCGCUGCAAGUUGAACGAGCUGGAACAGCUAUUGCAGAAGCAGCGCCAGCGGUCACUGCAGCUUCUUGAUGAGAAGGAGCAGGAGAUCAAGACACUGCAGACCUCCUUCGAGGUCUUUCAUUCGGCCAGCGGUGUAGGCAGCACGCUGGCCACACCCACACUGGAAGCAGGUGCAGACUCCUUCCACUACUCCUCCGACACCGACAGCGUGGAGGGCGAGCAGCGGGAAAGGAAGCUGAAGGUGCGCUCCAAGAAAAUGUCCAUGGGCGAGAACUGUCACAUGCUGCACUACGCCAACGAGUUGGCGCGCAAGGACAUCGAAAUCACCACGCUGCGGAAAGCCAAGUACGCCGCUGAGUCGACGCUGCGGAAGGCGAUUCAGGACAAGGUUACAUCUCAGCAGGAAAUGCACGAGAAGAUCGAGUGCCUGGAGGAGCAGGUGGACAGACUCGAACGUUGCAAGACGCGCGAGGGUGCCAAUCUGGAGUACCUGAAGAACGUUAUUAUCAGCUACAUUGUUACCCGAGACGCAGACGGCAAGCGUCACAUGCUGAACGCCAUCUCGGCGGUACUACAGUUCACCACCGCAGAGAUGCAGGCGAUCAACGCAUCAUUCCAGAAGAAAUAACAUUCGUAUUUUGUUUAACAAUCAUGUGCAACAUAUUUAAGUCCCUAAAAUCGAAA